UUUUUGAAGCGGUCAGCAGCUGCUGCAUCAUAACAAACAUGGCGGCGGGUUCUCUGUGACGCGGUUUUAAUUAAAUGUUGGCUUUUUAAACGCUCUAGUCGGUUCGGCGUGUUUCUCCGCAGAUCAUGAUGGAGCACGGCUCCUUUCCAGUGGCGGUUCCGGCCCGGAAGGUGACUGUGGUCGGUUCGGAGCUCGUGGAGAGCUACACGGUCUACAUCAUUGAUGUAACGGACAGUCUGCACCGGUGGACGGUGAAGCACCGCUACAGCGAUUUCUACGAGCUGCAUGAGAAGCUGACGGCGGAAAAGAAAGUGGACCGCCAUCUGCUUCCUCCCAAGAAGAUCCUGGGGAAGAACUCCAAGAGUCUCGUGGAGCGGCGGCAGAAGGAGCUGGAGCUCUACCUGCAGACGCUGCUGCAGCAGUUUCCAGAGGCCACACCCACUCCGCUCGCCUACUUCCUGCACUUCCACCUCUAUGAGAUUAAUGGCAUCACAGCAGCGCUGGCAGAGGAGCUCUUCCAUAAAGGGGAGCAGCUGCUGCAGGCAGGAGAGGUGUUUUCCCUGCGUCCGCUCCAGCUUUACUCCGUCUCCCAGCAGCUCCGCCUGGCCACGCCCACCUGCCUCAGCGGAGACGCCAGAACGGACCUGGGACACAUCCUGGACUUCACCUGCAGGCUACGCUACCUCAAGAUUUCAGGGAGCAGAGGUCCAGUAGGAACCAGUAACAUCCAGGAGACCAGUCUCCCCUUCGACCUGUCAGUGUUUAAGUCCCUGCUGCAGAUUGAGAUCAGCGACUGCAGCUCGCAGCAGAUCCAGGGUCUGCCGUCCCUGAGGGCCAGCCUGGCUACGCUGAACCUCCACCGCUCUACUGAGUCCAUGAUGUCCGUCCUCGUCCCAGAGGCCAGCGAGUUCCCGCAGUGGGAACCUGAGGGGGCGGAGCCUGGCUGUCCUGUCACGGCACUGGUUCCCAUCUGGAGACACCUGACCACGCUGGACAUGAGCCACAACUGCAUCGGCGCCGUCGACGACUCAGUGAAACUCAUCCCCAAGGUGGAGUUCCUGGACCUGAGCUACAACCAGCUGUCGUCUGUGGAGAACCUGCAGCACCUCUACAGCUUGGUGCAUGUGGACCUGAGCUACAACUGCCUGCACAGCCUGGAGGCGGCGCACACGCGGCUGGGGAACAUCAAGACGCUAAGCCUGGCGGGGAACCAGCUGGAGACGCUCAGUGGGCUCUCCAAGCUCUACUCUCUGGUCAACCUGGACCUGAGCCACAAUCAACUGGCACAGCUGGAGGAGAUCAGGAACAUCGGAGCGCUGCCCUGCUUGGAGAAGCUCAACCUGUCCAGUAACCCCAUGUGCAUCAUACCAGACUACAGAACCAAGGUUCUGGCCCAGUUUGGGGACCGGGCAGCAGAGGUGAGCCUGGACUGCAGAGCGACGACGGAGAAGGAGCUGGACACGGUGGAAGUGCUGAAAGCCAUUCAGAAAGCCAAAGAGGUCAAAGAUCGCAUGAGCAGCAGCGAUAAGAAGAUCAGUGAGGACUCCAGGGCGUCUGCAGCUCCUCCUGCCUCCUCCUCCUCCUCCUCUUCGUCCUGCCCCAGCCAAGGACUGACCAGCAGAGAGGACGACCCCGGCCCCCCCGACGCCCCUCCCCCCGAGGACCCCUCACCCCCUCCUAACAUCUCACACACACACCUCCUGUCUGCCGAACCUGCUCAGGUAAAACUUUCUGCUCUCUGCCAGCCUGAACAGCCACUCCCAGCGAACUCGGCUUCUUCCUCUGCAGCCGUCUGCUGUUUCUGCUCAGCUUGCUUUUCCAGUCGCCUGGAGGUCCGCUGCUCCGCCUGCAGCGCCACCUGCUGUCCGCUGCUCCCCUCUGCUCUUUUCGCCCUGUCCCUGUCCAACAAAGACUUCAGCACCCAGCUCUCCCAGCGGCUCGGCUCCAUCCUGAGGGAGCAGAAGACGAAGAGAGGAGAGGAAGAGGAGCAGGAAGAGCGGAGGUCUGAUUCCAGAGACCUUCGGUCUGAAGUGCUGAGCACCGACGUCGGCGGUCGCAGUCUAAGCUCCAGGGACGGCUACUUUGAGAUGGGCCUGGAUGACUCUGGGGAGGAGCUGGUUGGCUCCGCCCCCUUCCCAGAGGAGAAGGAGCUGGUUGGCCCCGCCCCCUUCCCAGAGGAGAAGGAGCUAGUUGGCCCCGCCCCCUUCCCAGAGGAGAAGGAGCUGGUUGGCUCCGCCCCUUUACCAGAGGAGAAGGAGCUGGUUGGCUCCGCCCCCUUACCGGAGGGGGAGGAGCCUGGCGUCCGGCCAGAGGAGCCGGGCGAGGAGCAGCUGGAGGUUCGGGUCCGCAGAGUUCUGUGGUGCUGCUGUGUCCUGGUCGGCGAGGAGGUGAAGCAGAGGGGGGCGUGUCUGGUUCUGACGGACCGGCUGCUGGCGCUGCUCUGCUGGUCACAUGACUCCCUGUCAGCCAAUCAGGAGAGAGAUCUUUCCUCAGGUCCGGACCAGAGUCCAGAUAUGGAGGAGGUUCUAUUGGGCCUCCAGGCGGAUCUGCUGGUACCAUACACUCAGGUUCUGCUGACCUGCCCGGCCGAGCUCCAGGACUCCUGCUUCUCAUUUGGAAUCAAAACGGGUCAGAACCGCUGGUUCAUCUUCUCUGAGGCCGAGGAGGUCCGACAGACCAGAACCGAGCUGAACGGGCUGCUUCAGGACCCAUUGGACCUCCCGGCUCCUCCUCUUCCUCGGCUCCUUCCUCCUUCGCUCCUCAGCCCCUGGGAGGUGGAGGAGAGUCUGGCAGCUCGGGGGGGAUUCCCCGCCCACAUCCUCUGCUCCUCUUCCUCCUCUUCCUCGCCAGCCUCAGGCUCCGCCCAGCUGCUCUCUGAUCUCGGCUUGGAGGACGCCGGCCUCCUGUCGCUCCUCUUCCUCACGCCCAGAACCCUCUGGGUUCUCCGGAUGGACUUCAGGCAGCUGUGGGCGGACCGUCCUCCUGUCCACCUGUCCUCCUCUUCAUCAUCCUGGUGCAGGCUGGUCCGUUUGGCUCUCAGCUCGGUUCUCCUUCACCCCGACCAGAGAGAGAUGGGAGAUGGACCAGACCGUGGUUCCUGUCCAGACCCACAGCACUGCCUCAGGAGGCGCCACUCUGUGGAUCUGCUGGCUGGAGGUCAGAGGCUGCUGCUGCUCUUCCCUCUGGCCCAGGACAGGGGCUCCUUCCUGGGGGAGCUGAGCCAGAGGAGAGCCUCUCUGGAGGGGCUGAAGUUGGUGGCGCUGCCCCGGCCCUGCAGGCCCUGCCCGGGCCCAACCGGACCCGGCUGCUGCAGAACCAAAGAGCCCUGCUGCUGCUGCAGCGACAGGAAGUCAGGCUGCAGCAGUCGAGACUCGUUGAGACUCCAAGAUGAGGAGAACCAGCCGCCGCCCCACCUGGUCCCGGGCCUCUCACCUGGACUGAAGCUCCUGGCCGGACUCAGAGGCCAGCAGCUGCUCUCCUACUUCAGGAGAUACGUAGCUCAGGCUGAGGAGCUGAGGCAUGUCUGCUGGCUCUCUGUGCUGCUCUAUAAGGCUCCAGGAAGUGAGGUCACUUCCUGCCUGCUGCUGUCCACCGAGGCCAUCUACUUCCUGCUGGACGACUCCGUCCCGCCGCUGCAUCCCCACUCAGGGACGGACGCACCGAGUCCUGAGGACGCCGAGACGAGUCUCUGCAGCUGCCUGAGCGUCCGGCUGGCUGAGCUGCAGGCCGUCAACGUGGGACUGUUUGACCAGAACUUCAGGGUGGUAGGACGCUCUGCGGACCAGGUGGUCUGCUGCCUCAGCAGGGACGGCUACGGGACGAGCGUCUUCCUGCAGCAGCUGAUGGCGGCUCUCAGCCUGCAGCAGCAGCAGCGUCCGCCCCAACCCGACCCGUCCGACCAGGACUUCUACUCCCAGUUCACGGGAAAGAUGCAGAACUACGAGCUGGUCCACAGCAGCAGGGUGCGCUUCAUCUACCCCAGCGACGAGGAGAUGGGUGACCUGACCUUCAUCGUGUCAGAGAGGAAAACCUCUGCCAGCGCGCCGCCCCCGUCCUCCUGCAGCAUCCUGCUCUACCUGCUCGUCUUCCAGGUCCAGAUGCCCAACCAGCCGUCCACUGAGCGGUCUCCGGUCCUCCAGCCCCGGACGCUGGUCCUCACCGGGACGGACGUCUUCCUGCUGGACGAGGACUACGUCAGCUACCCUCUGCCGGACUUCGCCAAGGAGCCGCCGUCCAGAGGGCGCUACCAGCUGUGUGAGGCCCGACGGAUCCGGGACCUGGACCGGGUUCUGCUGGGCUACCAGCCGUACCCCCAGGCCCUGACCCUGGUGUUUGACGACCUGCCGGGUCCGGACCUGCUCUGCCACCUCACCAUGGACCACUUCGCCCCUGCCGGCCCGGAGGCUCCGCCCCCAGGGGGCGUGGCUGGCGGUCAGGGCGAGGUGCAGUGGUGUGUCUUUGUGCCAGGGGGCGACAGCAGGGAGCGGCUGAUCUCGCUGCUCGCCCGCCAGUGGGAGGCGCUGUGCAGCCGGGAGCUUCCUGUCGAGCUCACCGGCUGAUUGGAUUGGAUUGGAUUGGAUUUCCACUGUCGCCAUGGAAACCGCUGUCUGGACCUGAGGGCGCUCCUAGUGGACCCGACUAUGGCUGAAGGUAUUUUUGGGCAUCUCGAUGUCUGCUGCUGGAAGCGCUGAAGAUUCAGAGCCACUCGUUUUUAAAAACAGGAAGUGAAACGAAUGGACUGGUGUUGCACUGCAGGGGGCGCUGCAGCUCGACCACAGGAGUCUAACUGUCAAUAUUAUGUUGAUGCACUGCAAAAACAUAAAAUCUUACAAAUUAAUUUUGGUCUAGUUUCUAGCACAAAUAUCUUAGUCCUCUUGAAAUCAGACAAACUAACUUACAAGUAACUUUUCUGCAAGAUAUAGGAGCUUAUUUUAAGUUUAUAAUUCCUUAAUAUUGAUUAAAAUGUGCUAGUUCCAGUGGCGUAUUAUUUCACUCAUAACAAUCCCCAUCUAAUAAAUGUAAUAAUCUGCUAAUAGAACUAGUCCUUUUAAUCAAUAUUUAGAAAUUAUUGACUUAAAACCAGCUCCUAUUUCUCGCUGAAAAGUUACAUGUAAGUCUGUUUUGUCCUACUUCAAGUGUGAUAAGAUAUUUGCAUUAGAAACUACACAAAGAGUUUGUGUAUCUGCAGUGCGUAACCUUUAAAUAAAUGAACUCAGCACAAAUACCGGAGACAGGGAUGGUUGCUUUCAGAAAUUAAUCUGGAAGUUUAGCCUGUUAUCGGAUAAAAAUAUCAUGAAGUUAUUCAUUCACGUAGAAAUGUAGCCGUUUCCAGCUAAAUAUUCAGUGUGAAACUGCUACUUUUAGAAAUGAAUUAAUAACUUGGUGAAAAAACUGACAAAUGAACCAACCACUGUUUUCUCUAAAUAACCCAAAUUAUUGCUGUUCGUUUUGUAACUUUAUAAACCUCAAUUUUCCCAACAUAAACAAGUGAUCCCAAAGCUUCUUGAUUUCUUCUUAAAUCUGCUUUAAAACCAAAAGUUGAUUUCAUUAUUUUCUCUCUUCUGCUGCAUAAAUCCAUUUGCACUUUCACCCAGUUGCUUGGCACAAUCUGCUCUGAACGUUGUAUUUCUUGCACAUUAUUAUACCAGAUGGACCAGUAUUAACGGACUGAAUGUUGAAGCUUUUUAUUCAUAUUAAUUUAACAGGAUUGUUGCUUUAUGGCAGACUGGAUGUUUUUCAUCCUGAAACAUUAAAAAUUUAGGUUUCUAACAUGUAUUUUAUGCUUCCAACAUGAAGUCUGAGAUACCAUAAACACUGUUAUUAUAGUGUUGUGUUUUUUUUCUAUAUAUGCACAUUCCCAUUGUUUGUUUUUGUAUGUUACAUUCAACAUGACUGAAUGGAGAACCCGUCGGUUUGUUCUGAAGACGAAAGCCACUGAAUAAAAGUGAAACUGAAACCUU